CUUGGGAAAUGAGAGCCAAUGGAGUAUAUCUUGUGUCCUACCAAAAUGACAAACACUUUUCCAUCUUUGUUGUAAUAUUGAGGUGCUUGUUAUGCUGUAGCUUUUCAUUUUAACCAGGAUAUGUAUGUGCCCCGAAUAUUCAUGCAGAUUUAUUGGGUAGCACACUGGUGUACUGGGUGGCAUAGUCACCGAUUUCUAGCUGAAUUUCAGUAGUAACUGGUUCAAAGGAUUACAAAUGGGAAAUUCAAGGGAACAGUGUGUGGUGUAAGUACAGUUCAUGUGCAGGAUUAGAUGGAACAAUAUCUGGUCUUGUGGUUAAAUGAUACUGCUGAGCAAGAAGUAGGGAACGCACUUUCCAUCAGUGUGAAAUUAUAGGUCAAUUAGGUGGAGAUCAAUCUAAUUGAUAGGAAAUUAUGCAUUGGAUUAUGUCAUGCUAUUUAGAUAACAAAUGCCUAUCGUAGGUAAGAUUAGUCAAUAUCCUUGACUCACACGAUAGGAAUUAGUGCUGCAUAUCUAUCUAGGGAGCAAAUGCUUUAGGGUAUGGAGUCUCAUGAUCAUUGUACCCCCAGAGAAUUUGCAUCACUGGUCUUGUUACUUGCCGUGCUUUUCUUGCUGCUUUUGCCCUCAUCUAGCAGUGAUGUUUGACUGGAACGGUUGAAUGAUGGGAUUUAUGCAUGCUUGAAAGAUGUAGUACAGUUGUGAGCCAUCUAAAAUAUUACUGGGUGUUUCAACCACUUCUUCCCAAUCUAUUUGGAGACUGAAGUGGUUAAUUGUAAGAACUUAAACUGCACCCUGACUUGUAUGACUUGUGUAGAUUCUUGUUUGUAAAGCUAUCUGUACUGCUACCUGCAGUAGGAUAGGAAGCAUCCAAACUAGUUGAUCAUGAAGAGCCUGGUUACACAGGGAAGCUAUGAUCAGGUUAGAGAUGAGAUGAAAUGUUGGGAAUAUGAUGUUCAUGCUAUUUCCUUGUCUAACAAACAGAUCUGACACCUUUUAAGCCGCAAAAUCCUUUUUUUGCUAUACUGUUGUAUCUGAAAUGCAAAGCUUGCUUGCUCGCUUCCCUGUUAUAAAUUGUACCAUGCACACUUGGCAAUCCCAUACAGGGUGUUGGGGCAGAGAACCUGCAGUGGCUUCUAGCUGGGAUCCCAUCCUCCCUGAUGGGAGCUGUGCAGUCAGCAUGUACUGCUCCUGCCUGCCGUGAUACCAGGUGAUGCUAGCGUGCCUGCUGCCAUUUUUGCAGGAGAAGUGCCCCAAGGUUUUAUAUGAGGGUCAUAAAGUUCUGGUGGAAACAGACUUUGGUAUUCCCAAGCUGAGAACUGCCCCUGUUUACAUCUUGAACUUUUUCAAGCAGAAGCUUUCUCAUAGGACAGUUUCUUUGGAUACGGAAAAUACUUUAGAAUUGUCAAGUGGUAAGAGUGGGAGUUCUGGUAUAUUGGGAGCGUGAGGAAGAAAGGAAGAAGAUGGGUGGUGGUGUUACGUAAGGAAGUUUCUUUGUGAAUUGUAUUUCAUUCAGCAAAUUAUAGUGCAAAUAAACCUUCUGUCUUUACCCAGCAGGUGCCAUGUUGCCUCAGAAGAGGGGUAGAACACCUUCCAGCAUAGCCCUGAACUGCUGUUGGAGAGUCCUGGUGACUUGCUUACUAUUUCUUCCAAGUGCUGUCUCUCUCCAGCCAGACCAGCGCAAGGUGUUGUUGGUAUCUUUUGAUGGAUUUCGAUGGGACUACAUCUAUAAAGUCUCAACUCCCAAUUUUCAUUAUGCCAUGGAGAAUGGUGUUCACGUUAAGCAGCUCACUAACGUGUUCAUAACGAAAACAUAUCCUAAUCACUAUACAAUGGUGACAGGUCUCUAUGCAGAAAGCCAUGGUAUAGUUGCUAAUGAGAUGUAUGACCCUAUUCUGAAUGAAACUUUCUCUCUGAACAACAUGGAUAUCCAUAGCUCCAUUCGGGAAAGUGGGAUCUAUAAUUCCAAGUUCUGGGAAGAAGCCAGCCCGAUAUGGGUAACAAACCAGAUGGAAGGACAUAAAACUGGAGCAGCUAUGUGGCCUGGAACGGAUGUGAAAAUACAUGGAGUCCUUCCGACUUAUUACAUGCCCUACAAUGAAUCUGUUUCAUUUGAAGACAGAGUUGCUAGGUUUAUUGACUGGUUUAAAUUGGAAGAACCCAUAAAUUUUGGUCUGCUCUACUGGGAACAACCUGAUGAGAUGGGCCAUGUUCUGGGCCCAGAAAAUCCACUUAUGGGGCCAAUAAUUAGUGAUAUUGACAAGAAGCUGGGAUACCUGAUGUAUGAACUGAAGAAAGCGAAGCUGUGGAAUGUAAUAAAUGUCAUCAUCACGAGUGACCAUGGGAUGUCACAGUCAUCCUCAGAGCGGCUCAUUGAGCUUGAUCAAUAUGUGAACAGAGAGCUCUAUCAAGUCAUUGACCACUCUCCUGCAGUAGCUAUUUUGCCAAAAGAAGGCAAACUGGAUGAAGUAUAUGAAGCUCUGGCCAACGCUCAUCCCAACAUGACUGUUUAUAAAAAGGAGCAGAUUCCAGAUAGAUUUCAUUACAAGCACAACCAUAAAAUUCAGCCAAUCUUAGCUGUGGCUGAUAAAGGAUGGGAGAUCGUAUUCAAUAAGUCCGAUGGUUUUCCAUUUGGUAAUCAUGGAUAUGACAACAACUUACAAGAAAUGCACCCAAUUUUUUUGGCAGUCGGGCCUGCUUUCAGAAAGAAUGUCACCAGAGAAGCCAUGAAUUCUACAGAUUUGUACCCCUUGUUGUGCCAUCUCCUUGGUAUUACUCCCCUGCCAAACAAUGGUUCCUUCAACAAUGUGAAAGAUAUUCUUGCUAGAAGGGUUCCUGUAUUCUUGGGAGCAGACCUCUGUGCUACUGUUGUUGGAGUCUUUCUAGGCAGCUGUCUUCUUAUGAUUUUUUUGUUACUUUUUAUUAAGCAUGUAAUCCUCAUCCAAACAAGUACCAUGCAAAUGCAACAUACUGAAGCUGCCUGGCCACUCUUACAAGAUUUAUAAUGUUUGCCAGUACAUGUGCAAGCUUGUUUCAGAGUGAUACUGAGCUUGUCACUGUGUGUAAAAUCUGAUCUGUUACCAGAGACUGCUUGCUGUCUCGUGCUUUAUCUGAUGUGUCUGAGUGGGGCCUUAGAGUUUGAUAUGAUUAGGAUUAAAUACACAAUUUCAGGAAUGGCCAUAAAAACCCUACUCUUAAAUCUGAAGAAGCACACUUUGGUAUGAAAGAAAGUACAAGACUGGAGUUUGUUCUUGCAGAGCAAUGUCUUUGCCAGGGAAAAUUGUUGAUUCUGAGUCAAUAAAAGUGUGA